UUGAGACAAACUUCUUUUUUUGAGUGAGUUAUUGAGAAAUGAGAAGUGAAUAAGUACAUACCUAGACCUACGUACGGUGAAUUUGAAUUCUGAAUAAAUGUGGAAUUAUCAUUCUCCAAGGCGGUACACCAGGUUUAUGGUAGUUUGUUCCGUUCUUUACUUUCUUCACCUCGUGUCAAACUAUAUAAUGGCUUCACCAAACACUGAACGUACCUUCAUUAUGAUCAAACCCGACGGAGUCCAACGUGGAUUAGUCGGAAAAAUCAUCAAACGAUUCGAAGCUAAAGGUUUCAAGCUUGUGGCGUUGAAAUUCCAAUGGGCCGGAGAAGAAUUGUUGCAAAAGCAUUACGCUGAUUUGGCCGGAAGACCAUUCUUCCCGAAAUUGGUUAAAUACAUGUCGAGCGGACCCGUUGUUCCAAUGGUAUGGGAGGGCUUGAAUGCCGUGAAAACUGGCAGAUUUAUGUUGGGUGCGACUAAUCCCGCAGAUUCAAACCCCGGUACUAUCAGAGGAGAUUUAUGUGUCCAAGUUGGAAGGAAUAUUAUCCACGGAUCUGAUUCGGUCGAAUCAGCUAACAAAGAAAUCGGUUUAUGGUUUACACCUGACGAAUUAGUCGAAUUCGAAAGAGCAAACGAAUGUUGGGUUUACGAAUAGAUGAUCGUGUGUGAGCUUUUGCAGUGUUGUUUAAUUCCAAUUCUAUUUACGGAGUAUGUGAUAUUCAUUAUUUCGCUUUUAUUUAUUCGUUCAAUCUAGAUGUAUUGUUCAAACCAUUAUGUUGCAGUGAUCUGUUCAUCGUGCUCAUUAUUACAUUUAAUUUCAAUCCCUUUUUAAUUAAAAUAAUUUGUACUCAUCGCUAGAAGUAAUUAAACACAUCAUGAAAGAA